AUGCAGCUCGGAAGCAAGGUGGUAAAUAAGGGGAUUCCGGAGGGCGUUUGGGUAUCAGCGGUAGAGGCUUACUUUCAGGCAGCUGGGACGGCCGGAGCAGAGACGGCGAAGGGGGUGUUCCUGGGGCUGUUGGGGCGGUGCCACAUCAGUGCCAGCGCCGCCGUGAGGGUCGCCCACAAGGUGGUUGGGGAUGGUGGAAGUGGCGGUGAGGGGGCGAGGGUGAGGGCCAAAGUGGUGGCGGAGCUCGUGUCGGAUGAGAGGGUCGUAGCACUCUUCUCCGGCGAGGCAGCCGGGAAGCAGAGGGUGGCUAUGCAUGCUCUACUAUGGAAUUGCGCUGCAGAUCAUUUUCGAUCCAAAGACUAUGAAACAAGUGCUGAGAUUUUCGAAAAAUCAAUGCUUUAUGUUCCAUAUGAUUCAGAGAAUAGUAUACUCCGAGCCAAGGGCUUCAGAGUUUUGUGUCUCUGCCACCUUGGUCUCUCUCAACUUGAUCAAGCUCAAGAAUACAUCAAUGAGGCAGAAAAGCUUGAACCCAACAUUACUGCUGCCUUCCUGAAGUUAAAGAUCUAUCUGCAGAAGAACGACAAGAAUAGUUCAAUUAAUCAGAUUCAAGCAAUGACAACUUGCCUUGAUUUUAGUCCAGACUUUCUCUCCCUUGCUGCGCAUGAAGCUGUAGCUUGCCGUGCUCUUACUGUUGCUGUUGCUGCUCUAUCUAGUCUCCUUAACUUUUAUGCCAAUGGAAAAUCCAUGCCAACACCAGAAGUUGUAGUUCUACGUACCUUGAUUACAAUCCUAACUCAAGAGCCUGGCAAUGAACUGGAAGUUUUCAAGUUUGUUAAAUGGGCUUAUAAUCGUGCAUCUGAGGUUGGCUCUGAUUGCUUCUUUGGGAAAGGUGAGGUUGGAAGACGGGAAAGGAAUUGGUUUGCGGUGACUUCAUGGAACUUAGGGACAAAAACUGGGAAGGAGAGGAAUUUUGAGUUAUGUUCCCAUUUCAUGAAAUUGGCAUCCAAAUUUUAUGGAUUUCUGGUUGAUUUGGAAGUAGAAGAAAACAGUAUCAUGGUUUGCAAAUCGUUGAUAUUGACUGUAUCUGCCACGAUUGCUUCAGAGAAUCAGAAAAAUGCUGCAUUGUCGGACAGUGAAGUAAAACAAGCUAUCGAAUUGCUAGAUAGAGCAGGGAAGAUACUGAAGACAAACUCAACAGGAACUCGGCUUAAUGAUGAUCAAGCUAGCAACAUUGAGCCCGAUCUCUUCUUCAUAUACACCUUCUGCGCCUAUGAAAUACAAGGACGGCUCAACGAUUUAGGAUCACAAUUAGUCCUUGUGAAGGGCUUCGCCAGUUCAAAGGUGUGCAACCCCAGAUACCUCCUUCAGAUUGGCCUCCGCGCCUCACAGGGUCCAUGGCCAAAUUACGAAAUAGCCACUUUUGCUCUAAAUGAGUGCCUUUCAGCUCUUCUUUCAUCACCAUCCCCGGAUUACCAAAAUGUGGCUCUCAUUGUCCGGAAGCUCAUUGUAAUAGCCAGCAUACGCAAGGGUGAAACAGAUGAUGAAGCAUUGCAUGCAAUGUACAAGCAAGCGUACCGAGUAAUGGUCGGUUUGAAGGACGGUGAGUAUCCCAUUGAAGAGGGAAAAUGGCUAGCCACGACGGCUUGGAACAGGGCAGCACUGCCAAUGCGGUUAGGUCAGAUUGAUGUGGGAAAGAAAUGGAUGAAUACUGGUCUGGAACUUGCUAAGCAAGUUCCUAGCAUGGAGACUUGCAGGCUAUCCAUGGAGGAUUUUGUUGGUGGCUUGGGGAAGGAAUUUUGUGUGCAAAAUGAUGGCGACAACAGGUCUCAGCUCACUGUAUAUGUGGGAAAGAAAUGGAUGAAUACUGGUCUGGAACUUGCUAAGCAAGUUCCUAGCAUGGAGACUUGCAGGCUAUCCAUGGAGGAUUUUGUUGGUGGCUUGGGGAAGGAAUUUUGUGUGCAAAAUGAUGGCGACAACAGGUCUCAGCUCACUGUAUGAAUCUAUAAAUGUACAGGACAUUAGCGAUUCGUAUCUUUUAAUAGGAAAGAAGAAACUAAUGAAGAAAAAAAAAAAAAAAAACUUGUUUUGUUUCCACAAACACAAAACCGUAAAACAUCAAAAGAAAAAACAAACAUCCUUUUCUUAUGGAGAAGGAUUGAAUUCAACGAUUUGUGUUUACACAGCACUAAAAAAAAUUGAGUAUUUAUUACAAUUGAUAAUGAUCAUUGAUAAAUUUUAUAUGUAUGUUCAUUUUA